AUGUCCUCUGAACAAGCCAACAACAACCCCGACCUCGCUCAGGAGAACAGUUCCUCCGCUAGCUCUUCUGCCCCCCAACAGCCGAAGAAGCCUCGCAAGCUGAACAAGAAGCCUGUCGAGCCUGAACAACCCAAAGAAGAACCUAAGCAAGAAGACAAGGAAGAGCAAGAAGAAGAACAACCCGAAACAAAACAAGAAGACGACGAAGAAGAAGAAUCUCAGGCCAUUAAAGAAGAGCCUGAAGAAGACAACGAAGAGGAAGAAGAGCCCGAACCAGAGCCAGAGCCAGAACCACCCCGUCGCCAACGACGCAGCCGUCCCAACAGACGGAUUCAGCGCUACCAAGACCCCGAAGACACUGAAGAAAUCGAACGCAGCGACAUGGAGCAGCGCCAACAACAAAAAGGUGGCCGUCGAGCCCGCAGCGGCGGUAGCAGACGCCAGCGCCAACAGCAAGACGGCGCUCUUGGUCCCUUGGGUGGUGUAGGCGACGUCGGUAACACCGUCAGCGGAGCCACAGACAUGGUACAAAACACCGCCGGUAAAGCUGUCGGCGGCGUCACCGAUUCCGCCGGCAAGGCCCUCGGUGGUGUUCUGGGCGGAGGUAAAAAGGACGACGACGGCGGCAAGGACGAGCAGCUCAGAUUGCGGCUCGAUCUGAAUCUAGAUAUUGAGAUUCAGCUCAAGGCGAAGAUUCACGGUGAUCUUACGCUGGGAUUAUUGUAA